AUGGCCGCUAUUGCGCCGGUUAUUAGCAGCUUUUCGCUCAUUUUCGGAGGAUGUUGCGCCAACGUUUACUGUUUGGAAGCAAUAGUGAAACAAGAGCCUGACAGCGGCUUACUCAUCACGCUCUUUCAGUUUGUGUUUACAUGUCUCUCAACGCUACACUACCAAUUCGACCCAAAUGGCCGCUACUUUAUGAGGAGUUCACCCGUCCCUUUUCGAAAGUGGUGUGUUAGCGCUGCGUUGUUCUUCACAGUCAAUAUGCUGAACAACUGGGCUUUUGCCUUCAACAUCUCAGUGCCUGUCCACAUUAUCCUCAGAAGCUUUGGUAGCGUGACUACUAUGACAGCUGGAUGGUUCCGCGGCAAGAGAUAUACUUUUCUACAAGUCUUCUCCGUUGCGAUUUUGACACUGGGCGUUAUGGUGUCCGCAUGGGCGGAUGCGCAGUCGAAGGGCAAGAACAUGGAGGCUUCGAGCUCCGAUGAGUCCAAUUCGUCUCUCCAGGCUGGUCUUCUCAUCCUGCUUAUCGCACAACUGCUUUCGGCAUGGAUGGGAGCCUAUGUUGAAGACGUUUAUCGCGACCAUGGCAAGGACUGGCAGGCCAACCUCUUCUACUCUCACUUGCUGUCCAUCCCGUUCUUCGCAGGAUUCGCCCCAGUCUUGACUCAACAAUUCAAGCGUCUCCAGGCUUCGCAAUCGUUCGAAGUACCACCCAAAGUCGCCGAAAGCCUCCCGCCAAUCGUCAACAGUAUCUUGGCUUCGACAUCACAGCACGUCAUUUACCUUACCGCCAACGCUCUUACGCAACUACUCUGCAUUACCGGUGUCAACAUGCUUAGUGCCAACACCUCUGCCGUUACUGUUACGAUAGUGUUGAAUAUCAGGAAGUUGGUGAGCUUUUUGUUGAGUAUAUGGCUAUUCGGGAACCAGAUGAGCGGAUUGAUGAAGGUUGGCGCUGCAAUGGUGUUUGGUGCGGGUGCAUUGUACGGAUGGGAAACUUCGUAUCGCAUUCCACAGCAGAAGAAGCUCGAAGCCGAAAAGGGAAAAAAGGGCCAGUAA